AUACACACACACACACACACACACACAUGCAGCAAAUCUCAGGACUGAGCUGGAAUGGUGGGAGGCUGCUCUGAUCGUCCCUGGCUCGAUCCCAUUCUCAGGCAGGGCUUUGCAAGUAGGGGGCGCUGGGAGUGGAACUGUAUGUGGGAUUACAGAUCUUUGAGGCUUGUCUGACUUCUGCGACGGAGCGCUGCACUGCCUGUGUGACAGCCACACGCCUGGAAGAUUAGGUGUCACAGUAAUAUCGUCAUCGACUGCUGCUUGGUGAAUAAUCAUGCUUUUGGACUGGAGGAGGCAAAGCAGCAGUGGAAUUAAAAUGUGUAAAGAACAAACUGUACAAAAGAAGCACAGCCUCUAGAGAGAGAGAGAGAGAAAGACCCCUCGUGUCAGUGUCAUGGAUCACACAAGUCCAGGCAGCCCCCCCAGAUGAGACGACUACAAACAUGGAGGUGCUUAUUGGCAUCUAUUCCCACGACCGUCCUGUCUCAAGAGGCAAGCUCUUCAGGAUGCUAUUAACUAACGCUGAUCUGUCUCUCUCGUAAGAUCUGACUGCUAAGAAUGGGAACUGCAGUCUAAAUGAGCAGUCCACCCAAAGCUAAGAGCUGGGCACACACUCAAAUGCAGUAUGUAGCACUGGUGGAGCAUUUGACCUAUGAUUCGGGACAUGCAGUACAGAGACACUGUCAGUAUGGAAGAUCAGACAACCACUCUGAUUCACAUUUAUCAGAAUAGCACCGAGCACUUCAACACUUCGUUUGAUUACAACUUGACAGAUCUGAACGACAAUACAGACACCUAUGAGUUUUACGUCAUUGGCCUUUUCCUCUCUUGCCUGUACACGAUCUUACUCUUUCCCAUUGGCAUUAUUGGGAACAUCCUCAUACUGGUGGUUAACUUGAACCACAGAGAGAAGAUGACCAUCCCAGACCUUUACUUCAUCAACCUGGCAGUGGCUGAUCUCAUUUUAGUGGCUGAUUCGCUCAUCGAGGUCUUUAACCUGAAUGAGAAGUACUACGAUUACGCUGUUCUCUGCACCUUCAUGUCCCUUUUCCUGCAAGUCAACAUGUACAGCAGCAUCUUCUUCCUGACAUGGAUGAGUUUCGACCGCUACGUGGCUCUAGCCAACUCCAUGAGCAGCAGACCAUUGCGCACAAUGCAGCAUGCCAAGCUCAGCUGCAGUCUCAUCUGGAUGGCCUCCAUCCUGGCCACCCUCCUGCCCUUCACCAUUGUGCAGACACAGCACACAGGCGAGGUCCACUUCUGCUUCGCCAAUGUCUUUGAGAUCCAAUGGCUGGAGGUGACAAUCGGUUUCCUGGUGCCUUUCUCUAUCAUCGGUUUGUGCUACUCCCUGAUCGUACGUAUCCUCAUGCGGGCUCAGAAGCACAGGGGCCUGUGGCCACGCCGACAGAAGGCUCUCCGCAUGAUUGUUGUGGUGGUGCUGGUAUUCUUCAUCUGCUGGCUACCUGAGAACGUCUUCAUUAGCAUCCAGCUGCUCCAGGGCACAGCAGAUCCUUCAAAGCGCAGCGCAACCACCCUGUGGCAUGACUACCCGCUGACUGGGCAUAUUGUCAACCUGGCGGCCUUCUCCAACAGCUGCCUGAACCCCAUCAUCUACAGCUUCCUGGGAGAGACCUUCAGAGACAAGCUGAGGCUCUUUGUGAAGCAGAAGGCCAGCUGGUCAGUGGUCUAUCGCUUCUGCCACCACACUCUGGACCUCAACAUCCCAGUUAGGAGUGAGUCUGAAGUGUAGGACUGAAUGUAGUCCAAGAACUAUUGGGAAUGUGUCUUGAGAUUCUUCUUUGUUGCAUUUCUAAGAAGAACAAUUGGAAUGUUUUUUUUCUAUUGAAAACCCUGUAUGCCUGUCAGAAUGAAGUUGCUCUGAAACUGCAGACGCAGUAGGGUAGGAGUAGGGCAGAGAAUGUAGGUGUAGCCACCAACUGACAGGGGUAUACAGUUUAGCUUACAAAAGCAGUCAAAGAAGAAGCACCAUGUUUGCUUUAUUUCCUGCAGAGUGUAAUCUAUACAGAAAAAGGAUUAUUCAGGGUAAUUCUUUGCAAAGAUAUUGAUGGAAUGAAAAGUAAACAGCAAAGAUAAAGUAACUGAUCUGUUUUUCUAAAAGUAAACUUUAAAGAUUAAAAAACAAACAUAUAAUGUAUCAAGGUAAUGACUUUUAUACUCCAGGUCGAUUGUGCUCAAUGAGCCCAUGGUAAGGGAACAAAUAAAAAA